AUGGAUGGUGGAGAAUGGGUGACCUCAAGAAGCUGUGUUCUUCAUGAUCGGAACAGUCUUUUUUGCCUGCAGCUUCACGUCCUGGACAAAUAUUAUGACAAAAAGUUGCUUGACUUCUUUUUGUACUCUUUCGACGUGAGGAAUGGACCUGGUUCUGAAGAUUACUACCAACUAUGGGUCACAUGGGAGAAGUCCAUCCAGGAGAUAGCUGUGUCUGAUUGCUCUGCUUUCUGGAAAUUCAUUGCGACAAACUGGAGCAAAAACACCCAGAAACUUAUUUCUGGCUUUGUCAAAGUUCCUGUAUGUACUGAUGGAAAGAUCAUUUUGUCAAAGAAGGAGGAUGUGUUCAUUCCUGAUGAUCUACUACUUACAGACUUGUUCAGCAAGCUAUCUCAGCAUUCAUUUUUUAUCUGUCCAUGUCUCAGAGCAAGCCUUAACUGCAUCUAUGAUACCAUCGGUGUUCAAAGAAUAUCCAAAGAAGUUACCAAGAAUGAUUCCUUCACCUUAGACAAUUACCGGUUUAGAACAAUUGAUCCAAGUAAGGUGAUCAUGGUUGGCCUACUCAAGAUAAUUCUCUCGUUCCUCGCUGAUCCUGCUCUCGACAUUCCUGCUGAAGAGAGGCACAGGAUGGUUUCUUGCCUUCUGAAUGUGACUGUCCAAGAGAGUGAUGAACCAAUCACAGUGGGGUAUAGUGUAAGAUUGUCAUCUGGAGAGGUGGUGGAUGUGAAGUCCAGCCGAAUGCUUAGGUGGGAAAGGGAGGAUUCCAAGCUGUACAUGCAGAGUAGCGAUGGUGAGCCCAGCUACAAAGAGAAGAUUGAGUUUGCGACCUACUUCACAGAGUAG